AUGUCACUUGCAAUCAAUCCCGAUCGGCCUCUUCUUGUUGGACCAGAGGUCCCUGAGCAUCCCUUUCCUCACAGCAUCUCAGGCACUGUUGUCAGAGGUUAUGGAAGAGGUUCCAAGGAACUCGGCAUCCCAACGGCCAACUUAUCCGACGAUGCGAUCGAGGCAAUGUGCACCGACUUUACGUCUGGUAUCUACUAUGGAUGGGUGCAAAUUGGUGACAAGAGCUCGGAAGUAUACCCCAUGGUGAUGAGCUUAGGCUGGAACCCUUACUAUCAAAAUGAAAAGCGUUCAGCGGAGGUGCACAUUAUCCAUGAGUUCCCCGAUGAUUUCUAUGGUAUUGCCAUCCGUGUCAUUGUUCUUGGUUACGUUCGUCCUGAGCAAAAUUAUUCAUCACUUGAUGGGCUUAUCAGAGAUAUCAGAACCGAUGUAGAGGUUGCAAAGAAAUCACUCCAACGUCCUGCCUAUGCCAAGUUCCAGCAAGAUCCCUUAUUUGUAUAG